CUAAAACGAAAGAGAGAGAGUAUAAUUGAGUUAAUUCAAUUUGUUAGUCACGAAUAGUGUAGUACAGUGUGCACCAUAAGCUAAUAGUUUUUGUGAUUGCUUUUUUUCUUUUAUACAAAAAGCUAACAGUUUUAUGAAAACAAUGAAAAUUUCCUGAAGGGAUGAAUGUCUCAGACAGGUACGUCAAAAUCAUUGUUGUUACAUUUUUGUGUAUAAUACAAAAAAUGCUGAGAGUUUGUUUUCAAAUUUUUCUGAAUCGAAUAUUCAUACUGUUAAGUCCACGUCUAGAUAAUGAAAUAUUCAAGAUUCGCAUUAUUGUUUUUUUUUUGAAUCAAUUUUUUUCAUGGAUAUUGCCAUUUGAUGAAUGUGAUCAAUAUAAACCCUAUCAAUAACUACAGUUUACCAAACCCGUCACAUCCAGUCGCGUUUACCACUUGGACAAAUCUGAGUCUGACUUUGACUUUGAAGUUUGAACAUUACUUAUGUCUUGUUUAUUUAUACAUCUAGGACCCUUUUUAAAAAUUAAAUUAAAUAGGUCAUUUAGGUCCAUCAUGAGCAUUGGUGCAUUAAUUAUUGGAUUUUGCGAAAAAGGGCAUUGAAUUAGGCUUGAUUCCAUGACUAAGAUCUGAUGGGAUUUACUGUUCGAAGCUCUUUGGGUACGUACAGCUCUAAUGUCAUAGAUGGCUGUAGCAUCACCUGUCCUUCAAAUACUGAAUCAUCCAUACCCUCUGGAUCCAUCAGGGGGUCAGCUUAGCUACAAACUAGACCUCUCUCCUUGCCUAGCUAUUACCUCUCGAUUUGGAUCUGCCAAUUUCGCUGCUAAGGUUCAGCUUGCUUAUUGCGAGCGUUAUAGUUGCUGAGCUGUGACACACAUCACCAAUUUCACCACUACUCUCUCUCUCUAUACAACUAUUGUUUUGUCUCCAUUUCUUUCACUUUUUUAGAUCCUUACUUAAAGUGACCUUUU